AUGGCGGAAGAGAAAAAAUCAAGAAAACCUGGAGGUUCAGCUUUCAAACAACAAAAAUUACGAGCGUGUCAACCGAUUAUAACUCCAAAAACAAUUUUUCCAUUAUUUUUUAUUAUUGCAAUAAUAUUUACUCCUUUGGUUUAUGUUAAAAGUUUAGAUACUGAUCAAUUAAAAGGGAAUGAUCUUUCUUUAAAUCAUCUUGAAAAAGGUGGAUGUGAAAGUAUGGCACAAAUUGAUGGAAUUAUUAUUUAUCCUUGUGGAUUAAUUGCCAAUUCUUUAUUUAAUGCUAAAUAUUCUCCAACUAAAUAUAAUUUAACUCAAAUUAGACCUCCACCAAAUUGGAUAUUAAGAUAUCCUAAUGGUACUUACACUUCAGAAUUUCCUCCCAUAAAUCCUAAGGAUGAUGAACAUUUUCAAGUUUGGAUGCAUGCCGCGGGAUUACCGAUUUUUAGAAAAUUAUAUGGUAAAAAUGAAACUCAAGGAUUAGAAAUUGUAAAAGGUUAUGAAGGUACAAAAGCAUUAGUAAUUUCAACAAUAUCUCCUAUAGGUGGUAAAAAUCCUUUCUUAGGAUGCGCUUACAUAAUUGUUGGAUGUAUUUCUGGAAUACUUGGUGUUUUAUUUACUAUUAAACAUUUUAUGCAUUCUAAGAGACUUGUAAAAAAAAGAUGGAAAAAAAAACCGAUUGAAUGA